AUGUCGUUGCUACUGCGUCCUUCUCUGCUUCUGCUGCACUCGCAGCGCUCAAUGCACUUUGCAGUUCCCCGCAUGCAAACGGCAGCGUUUAGCUCGUCAGCUAGCAAUUCUAGCCGUCUGCCUCGACUUACGUCUUUGCAAAAGACAUCGCUUGGUCUAGCCGCCAUGUUCGGCGGUGGUUACGCUAUUGGCUAUUUAUUUGGUCCCUUUCCAUCGCUUGAAGAUUUGAUGGGAGUCAAAGCCGUAAGCGGAGCUCCAGCGUAUAAGGGCGAGCUUAAAGUGACGGACAAAGUGUUUUUUGACAUCAGUAUUAAUGACGAUUACGUUGGAAAAAUUGUCAUGGGUUUGUACGGUGAAGUCCAACCUCGAACAGUGGAAAAUUUUCGGGCGUUGUGCUCAGGUGAAAAGGGUGCAUCUCGUGCUGGGCCUCCACUUUGGUACAAAGGCUCUUUCUUUCAUCGCAUCAUUCCCGGCUUCAUGAUUCAGGGGGGUGACUUUACGCAGCACAAUGGAAUCGGUGGCGAAUCAAUUUACGGACGUCGUUUUGACGAUGAAAAUUUGAGUGUGCCUCAUUCAGGCCCUGGAACGCUGAGUAUGGCAAACGCCGGCGCUAAUUCUAAUGGCAGUCAAUUCUUUAUCUGCACAGGUGACACACCAUGGCUUGAUGGCAAGCACGUCGUUUUUGGACGGGUACUGGAUGGGAUGGAUGUUGUAGACAUUAUCUCGAGCUGCGGAAGACGCUCCGGUAAGCCUAAAGCCGCAGUAAAAAUUCUCAAUUGUGGAGUAUUGGAUGCAGACAGUUCUACUCAAAGUGAUGUGACGGAAGAAAAGGUAAUAAAACGCUUGACACAUGAAGAAAUGCAGGAUCGUCUGGAUAUGCUUCGGGAGAUGGAAAGCAAGUUUGCGGCGCAAAAAGAAGCCGUUGAUUCUGCCAUGUAUAAGCAAUUUAUGGAUGAAAUUGGUCUUGAAAAGUCUCGCUUGAAAAACGAAAUCGAGAAACUUCAGUCCAAGGAGAAGUAA